AUGGCGACGUGCGCCACGACCCUCGCGCCGCUUCUGGGUCCGGCGGCGAACGCGACGGAGUACCUGUGCAACCAGUUCGCGGACACCACGUCGGCGGUGGACUCGACGUACCUGCUCUUCUCGGCGUACCUCGUCUUCGCCAUGCAGCUCGGGUUCGCCAUGCUCUGCGCGGGCUCCGUCCGCGCCAAGAACACCAUGAACAUCAUGCUCACCAACGUGCUCGACGCCGCCGCCGGCGCGCUCUUCUACUACCUCUUCGGCUUCGCCUUCGCGUACGGGACCCCGUCCAACGGCUUCAUCGGCAAGCACUUCUUCGGCCUCAAGCGGCUUCCCCAGGUCGGCUUCGACUACGACUUCUUCCUCUUCCAGUGGGCCUUCGCCAUCGCCGCCGCCGGGAUCACGUCGGGCUCCAUCGCCGAGCGCACGCAGUUCGUGGCGUACCUCAUCUACUCCGCCUUCCUCACCGGCUUCGUGUACCCGGUGGUGUCCCACUGGGUCUGGUCCGCCGACGGCUGGGCCUCGCCGUCACGGACGUCGGGGAAGCUGCUCUUCGGCUCCGGCAUCAUCGACUUCGCCGGGUCCAGCGUCGUCCACAUGGUGGGCGGCAUCGCCGGCCUCUGGGGCGCCCUCAUCGAGGGCCCCCGCAUUGGGCGGUUCGACCACGCCGGCCGCUCCGUGGCGCUGCGCGGCCACAGCGCGUCGCUCGUCGUGCUCGGCACCUUCCUGCUGUGGUUCGGCUGGUUCGGGUUCAACCCCGGCUCGUUCCUCACCAUCCUCAAGAGCUACGGCCCCGCCGGCAGCAUCCACGGCCAGUGGUCGGCCGUGGGCCGCACGGCGGUGACCACCACCCUCGCCGGCAGCACGGCGGCGCUCACGACGCUCUUCGGGAAGAGGCUCCAGACGGGGCACUGGAACGUGGUCGACGUCUGCAACGGCCUCCUGGGCGGCUUCGCGGCCAUCACCGCGGGCUGCUCCGUGGUCGACCCCUGGGCGGCCGUCAUCUGCGGGUUCGUGUCGGCGUGGGUGCUCAUCGGGUUCAACGCGCUGGCCGCCAGGCUCCGGUUCGACGAUCCGCUGGAGGCCGCGCAGCUGCACGGCGGGUGCGGCGCGUGGGGGGUCCUCUUCACGGGGCUGUUCGCGCGCAGGGAGUACGUGGAGCAGAUCUACGGCACGCCGGGGCGGCCGUACGGCCUGUUCAUGGGCGGCGGCGGGAGGCUGCUGGCCGCGAACGUGGUGAUGAUCCUGGUGAUCGCCGCGUGGGUGAGCGUCACCAUGGCCCCGCUGUUCCUGGCGCUCAACAAGCUGGGGCUGCUCCGCGUCUCGGCCGAGGACGAGCUGGCCGGCAUGGACCAGACGCGGCACGGCGGGUUCGCGUACGCGUACCACGACGACGACUUGAGCUUGAGCAGCAGACCGAAGGGGACUCAGAGCACUCAGAUCGCGGCCGCGUCCAGCGGCGAGUUCUAG